CGCGCGCACCUGUCAAAAAUAAAUUUAGCAAAUUUUUAAAAUCUUCCUUAUUUUGAUGAUUGCACGCAUUUGCAGUGGUUAUUUUUGUGCUGAUGCAGUGGCUUCUGACAAAAUAGUUAUCAAGGAAAUCAUGCUGUAGAUAAAGAGAAACUUUUGCCGAUAUGGCAGCGGACACUGCCGGUGAUUUCCCAGGUCGUAUGCUACACCAGGCAUGUAUCUACGACAAUAGGGACCUGUUAUUAUGUCUUCUUGAGGGUGAAGAGAGGCAGUUUAUUAACUGUACAGAUCACGAUGGACGAACACCACUUUAUACAGCUGUUACUAAUAAUGCUGUAACUUGUGCCAAGCUACUACUGAACAAUGGAGCAAAACCAGACAUAGCCUGUAAACUUAGAUUCGGAAGAAUGACCCCUCUUCAUGCAGCAGCUAUUGAUGGAAAGAUCGAGUUCAUAGAGAUCCUUCUAGCAGAGGGGGCCAACUUGGAUGUGAAGGAUGCAAUGGGAAAGUCACCCAUGGAUCUUGCAAAUACAUUUGGCCAUGUUAGAGUGGUACAGUUCAUGAAGGCAGAAGCAUUACAUCGUGAAAAAGAACAGGAACGCUUAUAUGGUCUGUUGUACAAUGCAUGUACCAAUGGAAAGCUUCAGGAUGCUGGGAAGGUAGCAGACCAGUUAGGAGAGAAUGUCAAAUAUGCUGUAAAUAGAACAAAAGAUGGCAGCACUGCUUUGGAAAGGUGUGUGGAAGUUGGAGACAAAGUCAUGUUGAUGUUCCUAUUAGAGCAUGGUUCAGAGGGUUAUGCUCAGCCAGACAAGUGCAUCACUGGAUUCCACAUAGCAGCAGAGAAAGGACACAAAGAGAUUCUCUUGGUUCUCUUACGUGAAGUUCCAAUGCUAGUCCAUGUGGCCAACAACGAGGGUCUCCUCCCGCUACACAUAGCCUGUCUCAAGGGAUUUGCUGACAUUGUGCAAGUUCUGUUAGGGUUCCCCUAUCCUGACGAUGCUAAAGAACGUCACACAUGUGGUCCACCUGGUGGUGAACAAACAUACUACAGUGCAAUUGAUGUAAAUGGUAUUGAUCGCAAUGGGGAGACACCUUUAUAUAAAGCAUGUGCCAGUGGCAGUAUAAAGAUAGUUGGGCUCCUGCUGGGGCAUACUGUUGUCUUGUUGCCUAGCAACCAGAUGUCACCUGGCAACCAUGAUGUACCCCAGGAGUUCUGCCCAAUUCAGGUGGAUUACACCACCCAAUUGGGGGAAACAGCCUUGUGUAAGGCAGUCAGUGGAAAACAGUACAAAAUUGCAGAAAUGUUGCUAAAGCGCGGUGCGGAUCCAAAUAUUACCAUAGACGAUAAGUGUAUCACACUUGAGAAGGCUUGUUUAAACAGUGACACAUCCAUGUUGAAUUUGUUACUCAAAUUUGACGCCCAAGAUAAGGGUAACAAUGUACUGAAGAGUGCCGUUUCUAGAGAGCAAAAUCAGAUAAUAACAGUUCUAUUACAGUAUUACACGCACAGUUCAACAGAGUUUGAAAUGACCCCCCAACAAUCCCCACCCUCUGGCCCCCCUGCCUCCCCUAAACUACCUAACCCUGAGACAAUCAUCAUGAUAGACUGGUGCAAUAAAGGUAAAUUGCAGUAUAUCAGAAAAGACUGGAUCCUCAAUGCUGCCAAUUUUCAAAACCCGAACAUUCCCGCAAAUUUCGCAUCUGUAGCUCUCAGAGCUAUCACAAGGAUAGACAUUUCCUGUAAUUCCAUUAAAUUUCUACCAAGUUUCUUGUUUGAGCUACCAUCGCUUCAUGUUCUGAAUGCCUCACAUAAUCAGAUCACUGAGAUUGAAUUAAGCGUGAAAAAUGAAGUACUGAUCAACUCUGUACUGGAGACUUUAUCACUGGAGCAUAACAAGUUGAAAGUUUUACCGUAUCAGAUUUUCCAAUUGGCUAAAUUAGCCAGUCUGACAGUGUGCCAUAAUCGUCUAGAGAGCCUGCCUUAUAUCUUAUGGAGUUCUCCCAGCCUCGUAGACCUCAAAGCAUCUCAUAAUAAUAUCCGAGUCAUCCCUGCUACCCCAUGUACUGAAGGGCACUUGUUGAGGAACGCAUCAACCGGGAGUGAUCUGGAAUCUAGUGGGACAUAUUCAGAUGACUGUCAUAGCCUAUAUGACAGUGAUGCUCAUGAAACUAGUGUUGUAGCCUUUGAGGGAGUCAGUUCAAUAGACUACAAAGUUGUCCAGCAUCAAACUAUGUGGAGAGGCAAGGUUGAGAUAGUGAACACUGAUACACACCCAUACAGGAGUAAUUACUCUGAAAAACAACAGUGUGAUCUGAAAUACUUAGAUCUAUCCCAUAAUGCAAUAGACAGUAUGUCCCCCGGAUUAGCUUGCGUUGCCAAAGGACUUAUGAAGCUAGAUAUCUCACAUAAUAAACUGACAGAUAUGGGAAAUGUUUCAUUUUACCCAUCAAGUCUCACUACCCUGGAUAUAUCCCAUAAUGAUCUUGUUGGUGCUGCCACCUGGCAGAAGGUAGAUAGUGUUCCAGAUGGAUUGCUAGGACUAGGGGUACAUACCUCCUCCUCUCCAAACAUGCUUCACAAAUCAAGGGCAAGGAAUUCGUCAUCCUCCUCGAUGUAUGCAGGGGCCUGCCUUCAUACAAGCCAUCACAGUCUGGAGAGUCUAAAGGCUCUGAAGCUAGAUCACAACCACCUUUUCAAAAUGUUCCUUGCAAUAUCCAGCCACAGUAUUGAGCGGGAAGAUGUGAAAGAUCUGUUGCUCUACCCAGGUCUGUCUGAGCUGACGCUUUCUAAGAAUAUGAUGUCGAAACUUCCCCCUGAAGUGGGAUGCAUGGAGAAACUAACAGUGCUUAAUAUUAGCAAUAACAACUUCUCAGAGCUACCCCCUGAGCUAGGACUUCUCACCAAGCUGUGGAAUCUUGAUGUGACUGGUAACCCCAUUGAGUCCUCUCUCACCUCCACUCUAGGGAACUAUAAAACCAGGGACAUACUUGGAUACUACAGAUCCAUACUGGAGAACUAUAGUUUGUACAACCGUAUGAAGCUAAUGGUGGUAGGCAUAGCCAAGAUUGGGAAGACAUCUCUACUCCAGCAACUUAGGAAGGAGGGCAGGUCUUUUCUACAGCAAGCACAUUGGACACAGCGAAUGGGGCAUUACACAGGAGCCAUGACAGGAGGAGAUAAAAGUGAUAUUCUCUCAACAGUAGGGGUGGAUAUAGGAGAUCUAACAAUUGAAAGGAGAGACAAAAAAGUUGUGUUCAGAACAUGGGACUUUGGAGGACAGCGAGAAUAUUAUGCAACACACCAGUACUUCCUGUCUAAACGCGCCCUCUAUCUGGCAGUGUGGAAACUAAGCGAUGGUGAAAAAGGGAUUAAUGAGCUUCACCAGUGGCUGGUAAACAUACAGGCCAGGGCCCCCAAUGCCCCUGUUAUCAUUGUGGGUACACAUCUUGACAGCAUCAAGAAAGGCAAAUUCCCAGAUGACUUCGUACAAGACAUGCAGGUCAUACUAGAAGAGAGAUUCAUCAAGAUUCCGGAACCUUCUAAAUGUGGCCUUCCUCGAGUGAUAGGCCAUGUUGAGGUCAGCUGUAAGGCCAGAUUUAACAGUAAUAUUGCAAAACUGUCGACUCUCAUUUAUGACACUGUCUACAAUCUCAAACAACCCGGAAGUAAAGAUUCCUUGUUGCUGGAACAGAAGGUGCCUGUCACCUACAUACAGUUGGAGGAGGUCAUUGAAUCUAUAGCCAAGGAAAGGAGACGCCAAGGGGAAGAUCCUGUACUCAAUGCAGAUCAAUACAAGGCACAAGUUCUUGAUGCUAUGAUGGCAAGAUACAACACUACAUUCAGAGAUAUUGCUGAAUUAAACCUUGCAACAAAGUUUCUGCAUGAAAAUGGUGUUUUGUUACAUUAUGAGGAUGUCUAUCUCCAAGACAUGUAUUUCCUUGACCCCCAAUGGUUGAGCGACAUGCUGGCUCAUGUAGUCACCAUACGUGAGAUCAAUCCACUGGCUAGGAAAGGUGUAAUGCGGACAGCUGAUCUGAAAAUGCUGUUCAAGAACAGUUCCUUCCGCCCUGAUGACAUCAACCAGUAUAUAAUUAAUCUCUUGAACAAGUUUGAGAUUGCCCUCCUCUGGGACAGCCAGCAUCUCCUUAUACCAUCACUAUUGCCAACAGAAAGGCAGUUGAAGUGUGAAUACCAGGAGUAUUCAGUUAGGCCAGACAUUGAGCUUCCACAUGUGGCAGUGGAAUGUGUUAAGAUUCCUGUGAAGGGCACAAGAGGAAAGAGAGGAACAUCUAUCACAGUAUACAAGAAUCAGAUAGAACCUGAAGAAGACCCAACAAAAAUGCCUCUUCCCCCAGAAACACCUUGCGGUAAAUCUUGCUUCUAUGUGGAAAAUAUCCUUGAGUCAACUGAAGAUGAAACUCAUGUUGAAGCAAGCCCCGUUAAGAAUGCACUUCAUAUGAACUCCAAUAGACCUAAACUUAGCCCAGUUGUAGAUACAACUGAUAAUGUGAAGAAGGAUUACAUUAUAGAAACAGAGACAGGAUUAAUGAUUGAAAAUAUCAAUUAUAAAGGCGUACUGAAGACCAUCCAAGAUUCUAAUCUUCCAAUCAUAAGUAAAAUGGUCGCAAGUCGUAGCCUUUCUAGUUUAGAAACUGAUAGCAGAAAUGGUGUGUCAGCAAGUUCAGGAAAAAAUCUGCCAAGUCCAGGUAUGUCGAGUGAAGGUUUGCCAAAUACAAGUGGAAAUAUACCAAGUCCAGGUGUGUCAUGUUCGGGUAUGUCCACUUCGAGUGUGUCAAGUUCAAGUGGAUAUAUACCAAGUUCGGGUGUGCCAAGUCCAGGUGGAAAUCCUGAGAUCUCUAGUCCAGGUUCCGCAAUGACAGAUUCAGUAUUUGGGGAAACUAUGUCAGCCUCUAUGAUGUCAGAACUUCAGAGCUCAGUAGGUAGUUCAGACAACAUUAGGCCAGAUAUUCAACUGGGUCCAUUAAAUCCAUUAGCUUCCUUGUGUAGACUGUACAUCAUGUCAUACUUCCCCUGUGGCUUUUGGCCAAGACUUAUCACACGACUUUUGGGCGAUGGCUCAUUUCUCCCGAUUCUGAACAAUAUGUAUACCAUUUAUGGAGAAAACAAUGACGAGGAACUGCUAUCCAAAAUUGGGACAAGCGUAGAGUGGCACUGUUGGGAAACUGGGGUUCGUUUAACAUACAGACCAAUCACAAACUUGGAAAUCCCGCUACUUUCAGUCAAAGAAGUCUUUAAAGAUAUGACAGGAAAUUUAUGCGAUUAUGAACAGUGCACUUUCAAAAUUCACCAAGAAGGAAUCUGGAGUGACCUCGAUAUGACAUCAAACUCAAUUCUUGAAAUUCUGAUUCCAAAUUAUGAAAUUGACUUACACAAUGCAUCAAUGCUGGGGUUUAGUUUCUUUGAGACAAGGCACUGUAGGUUGAGAUUGAGACCCGAGGUUGGUGCCCAGUUGUUGACGAAACUAGUGGACCAUGUUGACACAUUGUUAGAGGAUUGGUAUCCAGACCUUGGUACAAGGUUCACGCAAACAACCAGAGGAGAUUACCUGAUCUAUCGCAUGGUCCCAUGUCCACGCUGUGUACAAUACCAAAACCAGACCCAGCUCCACCCAGAUGCCAACCCGGAGGCUUGGUCAUUUGUUGAUUAUAACACACAUAGGAAUGAGGCUCAAUUAUCAGAUAAUGUGGCAAUUGUGAAGUCGAAACCUGACCUGAAUGUGGCCUCAUCCAGUGUGGAUCCGAGAACUUGUGGUCAAUUUGAGGCAUUAGGAAGCCUCUGGGGGAGUUCUUCCGCUUCUGAGCAAGGACAACAGGAUGAAGGAGAGAUGAGACGUUCGACAUACAAACAGAGGGCAGAGGGCUGUGUGUUCUGUUACACCAUAGAACAGUGCAUACUUUGGGCCCAGAAACAACAACAUGUAUGCUGCCCCCGUCAUGGUAGCAUUUCUCCAUGUUUUGUAGUCGACCAUGAAGGCAACAUGACCAAGUCUCACAUUGCACCUGAUCUGGUCUUCAUGGAUCUUGGGCCAGGAUUUGUCAUUCAAGAUGAUUUCAUUACGAGAGGGCGUUUCCUUGGAAAGGGGUCAUUUGGUGCAGUAUUUGCAGGAUCAGCUACUUUGUGUGAUGGUCGUGAGGUUGAGGUUGCUAUGAAGAUGCUGGAACCUGUUCACCCUGGAGAAAAUGCAUCCUUCACUCAAAUACGCCUCUUUCAGAAUGAGCGGGCACUAUGGGCUAGAGAGCAGAUACGUUAUAGUUGUGAGGCAUAUGUGACUGCACGUCGUGAACUCUCCAUUCUCCAGUCAGUGAGCCACCCGCAUAUUGUUGCAGUGUUUGGUCUCAGUUUACAGCCUCUUAGCCUCAUCAUCAGUCUGGCACCUCAGGGUAGUCUGGAUACAUUGUUGCUACGCAUAGCACAACUUGGCAACCAACUUUCGUCUGCAGUUAUACAGGAUGUUGCAUCACAGGUUGCCUCAGCAUUGGUGUACCUACAUAGUAAACAGAUCAUAUACCGGGACCUGAAAUCUGAGAAUGUGUUGGUGUGGACACUCCCAAUGUCCCCUCAGGAGCCCCAGCAUGUAUUGGUCAAAUUAGCUGAUUACGGUAUAAGUCGCGCUGCACUGCCAAUGGGCACCAAGGGUCUAGCAGGAACACCAGGCUUCAUUGCCCCAGAGAUAUUGCAACACAAUGGAGAGGAACCAUACACAGAAAAGGUUGACUGCUAUUCAUUUGGUAUGUUCCUUUAUGAGCUUCUGGCCCUACACAUGCCCUAUGCUAAUAUGGAGUCUGUCAGGGGAAAUAUGCUCAGGGCAUUUGUCUUGGAGAAGAAAGGAAGACCAUCUUUAACACAGAGGGAGGUGACAUACCCAGCUCCAAUGUUGAACCUGAUGACAAUGUGCUGGGCCCAUGAACCAGCACAGAGACCUUCAGCUGCAGAGAUAUCAGCCAUUGUUACUAGCCCCGAGUUCUCCACUUUGAUGGAUGUGGUUGCUAUGGAGAAACAACAGAGAAUUGUUGAUGCUACUAUAGUAGCAGUAAGACAUGCAGGCAACCAUGAAGAGUAUGUGAAUGAAGUUUGGCUUGCUACAAGUAAUCCUGCAUCCAGCUCUAUUGAAAUCCUGACACUUGAGAAACAUACAUGUGUAGAACAGAAGUGCAUUCUCUUAGACAACUGUGGUGUUUUGUGUUUGGCAGCUGUUGGGGAACAGAUGUGGUGUGCAACAACCGAUGCUACUAUCUUUAUAUACAGAGUUCAAGACACAGUGAAGAUAAAGGAGAUUGAGAUAGAGUGUGAUGAUGAUGCACUGAGAAUAAUCUCUAUCUCCCCUCUCUCUAGUGGCCUAGUGCUAGUGACUAGCAGAGAUGGAGGUCUCUAUCUCUAUAACAAGGAGGGCACUUUGGUGAAACACGUCCCUGUAGAACAAGCAGUACAUUGUGUAGCAACUGGAUGGGUCCUUGAGAGGGAGUGCAUAUUUCUUGGCCAUGACCGCACAGUUAUGGUCUACCAAGUGGAGACAGAGAAAAUUACAUUUCUAACUCAUAGUAAUGCAAAUGCGGCAAACAGAAUCUCUCACAUUUCACCAACUAAGGGAGAGCUAUAUGUCACACUGGAAUCGGAGAGUGUCCUUUACAGAUGGAACACAUCAUCUGGUUCACUCUCCAAGGAAGCUGACAUAGCAGCCCUGCUCAACAUUAAGCAAGGUGGGGUGCUUAUUAGCCACCUUGUCCAACAUGAUGAUAAACUCUACGUUGGCACAGAUCAGGGGCACUUAGUUGUGAUCCCUGGCAAAAUAGAACAACACAAUAGAGACACCAUGACGACCACUAGCAACACUGGAAAUGACCAUGGUAACACUAUAACGAGUCCUAGAAUUACUGAGACUGAGCCAAGAGAUGUUCUAGUGUUACAUGGACAUAUGGCAGCAGUGUCCCAAAUUCUAACACUAAGACGUGACACAGUCACCAUAGGUAUGGGCUAUAGGGACCUUCUCUCAAAGACAACAUAUAACAGUCACAAAAACGUCAAUAACAUUUACCAUGCAGUGUCGUGGUUAUUUUAGUGUGCAGUCAUACAUCCAGGAUCUUGAUGCAAUUUUAUUCUUAUCUAUAUCAAAUGAACUUCUAUCCCAGAGGUCCUUGCAUGUGUAUAUUGGUUAUUUUGCCUAUACUUUUUUGCAAUUUACAUCUUUAGUCGAUAAGUACAUGUAUAACCGUUUUGAAGUAAACACAUAAGUGUUUUGAAUGUCAGAGAAAAUCACUUAUGGCAAUAACUGAUCAAAAGUAUCAUUGAAUGUUUCCCCCAAAAGUGGAAAUCUAUUAAAUGUUCAAGCUUAUAUUAUACUUGUAAGAUUGUAUGAAUAAUUGGCUACAAUUGUAACUUUUAUUAUAUACUGUAAUAUGUACCAAAAAUAUUGAAUCCUGUGAGGAAGAAUGGUACUGUAUAAAUGUUGUAUUCUGAAUAGUAUUCAUUUCUCCAGUUGUACACAACUUUUAUGUCCAUAGCAAUGCUUCCAAUAUUAGCACAACCAUUGACAAUGAGUAACUUUGAUCAUUUGUUUGAUCUAUUUGUGCUUGGUGCAGCCAGUGCCCAUGGCUAAGUUAGUCAGCCUUUAAAUAUGGGGAAGAUAUAAGUAAUAGUAUUCAUAUAAGAAAUUUUCUUCAUAUUUUAUUAUGCUUAGCUCAUAUAAUCUGUACAGAAUAUAAUUGUGAUUUAAACAUUACUAAUUUUAUUUAUAUUUACAUGUUAAAGAUGUUGAGAAUUGAAUUUAAAAUUCCAGUUUUUAAUGUUUUUUAUAAAAAGGUUUUAGAUACUAGAUUGAGUAACAUCAUUGAUAAACAUAAAUAAAAAUAACUCCACGAAAAUUACAUACUAUUUAAUGAACCACUACAGUAGAAUCUAUGUAUAUUGAACUUUUUUUGCUAAGACAGAUUUUAUGUAUUGUUGUAUUCAAUUUAAAAAUCCUAGACAUUCCUAUCCUUAGAAAACAAUUUUGAAUUUAAAGAUUGUGUAUAUACGUACAG